AUGGGCGACACUACUGCGAACGUUUUUGGUGUCAUUGUUGCUGGUAAACCUAUCCAAGCAAAUUUUGUUCAAGCUGGAGAUACUGAAUUUGUAACGGAGGUAGCGGAUGGUGGCUCUAUUAAUCAUGUUGUUGUUUUCCUUACAGGUGCUAUGCCCUUCCCAGAAGGCACAGGUGGUUCAGUGUACAUCCGAUGGCCACGUGGAGGAGGCGAAGAAACAAACUGGCAUUUUUUAGGAUUCAUAUGCAACGACAAGCCUAGUGCAAUAUUUCGAGUCGGCCAGUUACAUAAAAUGGAUGCUGUACAUGAAGGUGUUUUUGCUUCAAUGGCUCCGUCAUUCGCGACAGCUACGCAGGGUUGUGCUCAAAUAGGCAUCUCGGUAGAACCACUUAAUACCAUAGCUGGAAAAGUUCCUGCAGCAGGGACAGCUGCUAGUUUACAAUCGUCUUUCAUGGAGUUUGUUGAAAAAAUGUUAAAGAAUUUUGUUAAUCAUGCGGAGUCAUUCGUUGUUCGUUUACCGCAACCUGACUUCCCUUCGAGAACUGUAGAAUAUAUUCCCGCAUCCGUGGUGCAAUACUGGUACAACAAUUUCACUAGGCGUUUAGAACAGAAUCCUGACUUUUGGAAGAAUCUCUCCUAA